UUACGUUUCCAUAUCGUAAUAGCCCGCAGCUAGCGUCGAAUCGUUGAAGGAUUACAGGGUAAUGUGUAAAACAAAUUACAUUCGGAUAGACAGAUGGGACGGAGGGAAUAGACGAAGUUGGAAUCGUUUAGUUCGGUGAAAUUCAACGGAUUCGAUUAGCUGCAAUAUGUGGAAUUAAACCGCUGGGAGUACUCGCACGAACACGUACGUACAAUGUACGAUGUACGACGUACAUGCGACGCAAGUUUGUUAAAAUACGUAGAGUACGAAGGUACGUACGUACGUAUACACCGCGCGCGAGUUUUUCGUUGCAUCUAUAGCUACGUGUCUACGGUUGAAAGCUACGUAAGUAUGUAACACACACCGUGUGGGGGGGGCGGAGGGGGGGAGGGGGUGGUGGUGGUGGGUACAUAGCGUCGUAUGUACCUACCUAUAUGUGCCACGCAGAGUCGGUUCCAGGUGGGACGAAGGCGCAAGCGUGGAAUCGACCGGGUGAACAUUUGCUCGAGGCGACCAUCCCCCGACGUUCUAUCCGACUCACACCGCCGCCUACACCCCGCAUUAUCCAGCGACGACCUCACCCUUGCCUUGCAAAAUUUUCUUUGAAACGGUCCCCGUGACGUCACGAGGCGCGUGGCAUCCCCGAGUAUGUGGAAUUCGAAGGGCGGAGGGGGGGAAAUCGCGAGAGGACGCGAACCCGGGUACCCGUACUCGGGAAACGCGUGAAGAGCACCCCCGCCCCCCUGCCCCCGCGAAGUCGGCAUAUGUCAACACCGCUCCGUGUGUAUACAUAGGUAUAUAUUUAUGUACAUAUGUACAGCGGCAUCAUGUAUAUUCAUGUAUAUUCAUAUCGCCUUUACUUUCAUCCCCCUUUCUCCUCGCCUUAACGUACGUAUACACACUCCUCAUGCUACUUUGCUUCAAUUGGACGGAAUUUGUUCCUUCUUUUUCAACGUUUUUUUCUCGCCUUUGCCCACUAUACAUACCUCGGAAAUCUCAGAUGUUUCACUAUACUUUGCACGCUUUGACGUCGAAGAGAUUUCCUAUCCGUGUCGCUCUGUGUGCAAUUAUCAUUUUCAUGCGACGCACGACCGUUGGUAAAAUGGAAAAGAAUCGAGCCGCUAUUCGGAAUUAUCGCUUGACGAGGAACAUCGAAAUAGAUUUCGGUGCCACUCGAAAGGAACGAUGUAAUUCGGCGUCACAUGCGGAUAACACCCUGCACGGAGAUACCUCGACGUAUUCGGCUGAAAGUUUUAGUGGCAGCAUCAGCAUCAUAAUAAAAUAGAUUCUGAUUCGCAAGACACUGACUGGCAGAUAUCUGACGUGUCUAACCAUCUAUACGUACAGGGGGUGGGAAUAUUCCGCAUUCAUAUUUUAUGCAGCGACCGAAAUCAAGCAUCGCUGUAAUAUUUAGCGAGGACACUCAGCCCGUAGUCGAUAAAGCUGCAGCGGCUACGAGGCGCGUAGAUAGGAGCCUCCCCUAUAUAUACUUAUAGGGAUUGAAUCCGACCCUCGGAAAGUAUUGCCGGGGUGCCCCUCGAAAGUGUAUGCGGAAUCAAACCUGUUCCAGAUAAAUAUGGUUCCGAUUGUGGCGAGGUUUCUAGAAUCGGCGAGGUUCGGAAACCCGCUGAAACGAAAAAAAAAAAUAAAUAAAAAAAGGGCUGCGGGGGGGGGGGGGGGGGGGCAAAAAGAAGAUUGAAAAAAAACGAGGGCCGGGUGUAAAAAAUCUUAUAAAAUGGGUCAAGCGUCGAGGCUCGUCCCCGUCGCCCCAUUCUUCCGUAUGGAAACGAAGGGGAUACAAAACUACCCCCUUCACCUCGGUCAUUUCGUACCGACAUUUUCGAAGUUACCGUUGUACACGUGAAAACGUAAAACCCGCAACAUCCGUGUACAAUAACGGCUGCAGGACUCGUUUGUUGUUUUCCUAACAAACUCCCCGCUGUUACGACCCAUUUAUCUUCAUGUCGAAAGCUUGCCCACUUGAACCACCACGGGGAUGCUAUGUGUACACACCCGCCUAUACCGUACGGACACAGAUAUACCACGUGCAGUACCGCUAUAUAUAUAUAUAUAUAUACACGCGAGAAAAAGCUAUCGAGGAAUUGCUCUCAACUAUUUUCAAAACCGAAUAGAAAAUAACCGCGCGUAGUAAUUUAACGGUUCAGGGAAUAUAUAUCGGAAAAAGUCAAGUGGUUUUUUCGCUUCUUUGUUUUUUUUUUUCUUUUUCUUUUUCUUUUUGACGUUAAAUAGCUAAUAUCCCACGUAACACCUUUGUAACUAUGUAGCUGUACCUACUGAAGUUCUCGUCAACUAUUCAUGUAUAAAUGUAAUGUAACUUUCAAUGGAACGUACAUUUUUUUCAAACCGCAUUGCGUUCCGUUCUGGUUAAACUUGUACGAGGGAUGUACGACGAAAGGACAAAGGACAAAUGAGGUAUACGAAUAUAGAUAUAUAUCGUUCAAUAUUAUAUAUCCACGGUACGAGUUGCAGACACGGUGUAGCGUAUACACAGUAGCCCUCCCCGCUAUUGUGCGUUUCAGAUUCUCCACGAUGCAAAUUAUAAUACGCAGGGUGUGUGUGACCAUAAUGGCGGCAUGAAUCGGCGAGGGAGGGCGGGCGAGGGUGAAGAAACGACGUUGAAGGGGGUGGCAGGGGACAGUGGGUCAGCGAAACGGUCGUCGGCGGAAGUGGCGGAGGUAUGAGCGAUGACGGGAACGGGAACGGGAACGGGAACGGUAAAACGGGAACGAGAACGAAAACGGGAACGGGAACGUCGUCGACGUCGAGUUUGCGCGUCGAGACACCCUCUGUCGCACCCUCUGUCCCCCGCAGUGCCGUCGUUCGACGUCGGGGUCAGUUUAGUCUGCGCUCAAGCGGAGGCUGUUCGUCGGAUAAUACCGACUAUGCAUAACCUCGCGUCGUUCUCGUUGCUGGAACGGUUUGAUCCGCGGUGAUAAUCGGACGCGGUUAAUCACGUCGCUCCGUUGUUUUUUUUUUUUUUCAUCCGCUAUCUCGAAGACGAUACGCCUCACCAGACUCGAAGUACAGGUGUCUCGAGAGUUUCUUUUUUUUUCAGUGCGACGGAACUAAAAAAUUUGAAACGUCCGAAAAAAUUUGAAACAAAAAAACAAAAAAUAAGGAAAAGACAAAUUUCGAGAAUCAGGUAAAAGUGACGCGGUCAGACGGCUUCCUGUGAUCGCAGGACAUCGGGUACGACAGGAGCUAAGUGCCCUGCCGGUACCGCACCGGUGCCGAACCGGCGCCAGGUGCAAAUGAUGAGAAAAGGACGGGCCGCUGAGAUGUUGUGGAGGAUAUGCUGGUCAUGAAAAAGCUAAGGGUGGGAUCGGCGCCAUCAGAGCCGCGAUCAGCAUGAAUCUGAUCAACAUGGACGCGGAAAACCGCGUGGUACUCAACGUUGGGGGUAUACGUCACGAGACUUACAAGGCGACCCUAAAAAAAAUACCAGCAACGAGACUCUCGAGGUUGACGGAGGCGCUCGCCAACUACGACCCCAUCCUGAACGAGUACUUCUUCGAUCGACAUCCCGGUGUCUUCGCCCAGGUCCUCAACUACUACAGGACGGGAAAAUUGCACUACCCUACCGACGUGUGCGGUCCUCUUUUCGAAGAGGAGUUGGAGUUUUGGGGCCUCGAUUCCAACCAGGUCGAACCGUGUUGUUGGAUGACGUACACCCAGCAUCGGGAUACGCAGGAGACUCUCGCCGUCCUGGACAGACUGGACCUCGACACGGACAAACCGAGCGACGAAGAACUCGCGAGGAAAUUUGGUUUCGAAGAGGAUUAUUACGAGGGUACACUUUCGUGGUGGCAGAGGCUAAAACCUAAAAUGUGGUCGUUGUUUGACGAGCCGUAUUCCUCGAACGCUGCGAAGUCUCCCGUGUUGCAGAUAAUCGGCGUGAUAUCGGUCUUCUUCAUAUGCGUCUCGAUACUGUCGUUCUGCCUGAAGACGCACCCGGACAUGCGUGUGCCUGUGAUUAUAAAUAAAACAGUUUACGGAGACAACACGACGUCAUGGGCGUUGGACAAGACUCACACGAACGCUCACGACGCGUUUUUUUACAUCGAGUGCGUAUGCAACGCGUGGUUCACACUGGAGUUCGUCAUACGGAUCGUCGCGAGUCCGAAUCGAUGCGAAUUCAUAAAGAGCUCGGUAAAUCUGAUCGACAUGAUAGCGACGCUGAGCUUCUACAUAGAUUUGUUCCUGCAGAAGUUCGCCUCGCACUUGGAGAACGCGGACAUAUUGGAGUUUUUCAGUAUUAUCAGAAUAAUGAGACUGUUCAAAUUAACGAGGCACUCCUCGGGACUGAAAAUCCUAAUUCAGACGUUCCGCGCGUCCGCCAAGGAACUCACUCUACUCGUAUUUUUCCUCGUUCUCGGUAUCGUGAUAUUCGCCAGUCUCGUCUAUUACGCGGAACGGAUUCAGUACAACCCGAAGAAUGACUUUAAAAGCAUACCGCUCGGGUUGUGGUGGGCCCUGGUAACCAUGACCACCGUAGGUUACGGGGAUAUGGUACCAAAGACAUACGUCGGGAUGUUCGUCGGCGCGCUAUGCGCAUUGGCCGGCGUACUGACGAUCGCUCUCCCGGUUCCCGUAAUCGUGAGUAACUUCGCCAUGUACUACAGCCACACGCAAGCACGCGCGAAGCUCCCUAAGAAACGACGUCGCGUACUACCCGUGGAACAACCCCGAGUCAGGAUACCCGGAGUCCCCACUACCGGAGGUCCUGGAGGGGGUGGCGUACCCGGAUGCGGUCAACAGGUAGCCUUGCUUCCUCCGGGAGGUUGCGGGGGCGGUGGUCCGCCCGGGGCACAAAACAGGCGAAUGAACGCCAUCAAGACCAAUCACCCCAAGGACCCGUUCGCCUCCAAAGCAGACGAAGGCCGGAGGAACUCGAAUCUGCGAACCAACGGGACCAAGACAUCAGGAGAUUUGGGUUAACGUUGACAUUCGUCGAGUCGCUUCUACUAGCUGCUGCAACUUCGAACGCGAGUUUUCUACUUAAAGAUGGGACUCUGCAGAGUAAUAAAAAUGAUAAAUCAUACGUGAACCAAGAAAAAAAAAAAACAGGAAAAGAACGUGCGUUUUAUUGCGUAUAUCUGUGAGCGUCUGUGCGUACGCAUGAGAGGGAAAAAAAGGAAACGGAGUAAAAGAGAUAGAAGUAAGAACGAGCCGUCGUGAGGGGCGAAAAAAUGGCGAGGGACGAUCUUAACAAUAAAAAAAAGAAUCACAAUCUUUUUCGUCUCCGAUGCACGCGGCCUAUCACGUCACGACGUACUUAAAAGAUAGUUACAAUUGUGUAUAACGAAUGAUUCGAUCGAUAAAUGAAUCUAUAUCAAUCACUCGAUCGUACGAUCGAUCGAUCAAUAAAUCCAAUCAAUCAAUCAAUCACGACCACGUAGUUUGUAGCACCCUCUUGACCCCCACCCCCCACCUUGAACUUGGCUACCCCCCUCCCCCGCAAUCACCCUUUUUUAACGCCUUUUAUCAGCGGCUACGUUCCAAAAAAUCGAUUGAAUUUUUGUCGGACUUGUUAACAGAGGUAGAGAGACUCGAUCAAUCGAUCUGUAAUUAGGUAUUGUGUAUGUAACGUAAAAUCUAUUGGGCGAUUUUUGCAGCGGAGCCGCGUUUAUAUAUCACUUUGCGCACCCUGAUGCCGCCGGGACCAAUCAGCUGACGAUCUUCGAAUCCUACUCCCCACCCUCGUCCCCUGCAAUUAAAAAUUUUCAUUACAUGUUACACGAACCUCGGGUACAAUAGCUUUUCAGCCGUAGCCAUAAUUGGUACAUAAAUUAAAUCACUAUGGAAGAACGGGGAUUCCCGUGAUCGUUUUCAAUGGUAUAUGUUACGAUAAAUGACGUAUUACGACGAUACGCCGGAGGGUAGCUUUCGGUGCCUGACGUAUAUUAUCGCGCAGACGAUUCGGAGACGAUAUUGAAAUCGAAAUCGAAAAAUCUGAAGAUAGAAUGAAAGAAAAGCACAAAAAGGAGGUAGACGUUUUAUCUGAUAUAUUAUACAACUGUCGCGAAUGAAUUUAUAGUAUCGUUCAAUCGUAUAUAAUUUGUAUAUAUCGCAGACGAAAUAAACCGACGCACUGAUAAGUAGGUAUAUACCGAUCUUUUUUUAUAUAUUUGUAUUUACACUAUUAAUUAAAAUAUUGAAUAAUCGCUCGGUAGAAUGCGCGUUAAAAUGAAAAAAAAAAAUAAAUAAAUAAUAAUAAAAUACUAUAAGGGAACAAUGAAUAUAUGUAACAAAAAAAAAAAAAAAGUAAAAACAAAGGGAACAAUUCGGGUGUACGUAUAGACGAGAAUGAAUAAAAUAUGAGAAUGGCGAAAAGUUAAAUAAUAAAACGAUAAGAAAUCGCGCUGUGCACCGAUUGGAUUCUAUAUGGUUAUAGCCACGUAUGUAGGGUAUACAAUAUAAUAUAUACAUAUAAUAAUAUCUGUUGUACUUUGAAAUUUUUAUCAAGUUUUAUCAACAAAAAAGAAGAGAAAAAAAAAAUCCAGAAAAAGGAAACUGAAACUAAUACUAAAAAUGAAUUAAAAAAUUUUUAGAACACAUCCGUCGAGCCUUAUGAAUAUGUACGAUGUGAUUAAUUAUUCACGAGAGGUUCGAUCGAGGUAAAAAUUAUAUUUGUAUGAAGACGAAAAGGGGGUGAAAAAUAAACGCCGUGUACCAGGCGAAUAAUUGAAAAUCACGUUACUAAUUUUUGAUCACCUCAAUAUUGGCUGAUCGUUGAGAAAAACAUCACGCGGUCACGUGUCAUAUCCGAUGGCCCUGCGAUGCGGGGGUUUUCGCUGGAAUUACCGUACGUGAGAAAAUAAUAAAGAAUGAAUAAACAAAUGAAUGAAAUUAUGCAAUACAAACAUAGAUAAAUAAAUAAGUAUACGGAACGCGUGACACGUGCAGCGUUCAUAAACGACGAGAAAAAAAGAGAUAUCUAAAUAAUAUACGUGUUGAGCCUCGAUAAAAUCGGCGGACAUUACCUGUUAAAAUAUAAUAAAUUAAAUUUGCGACGCGAAGCUGCCGCCCAAUCAAACAUAUCCUCCGUUAUGUGUACAUCUAUAUAUGUAUGUUAAAUAAUACAUGUGAUAAACGAACACGAAAGGAGAUAAAAUUAAAAGUAAAAUUAAACCAUGAUCGAAGUAAAUAACAAUUUUAAAAACGAUGAUAAACAAACACAGCCUGUUGUGUAUAAAAUAAUAUAUAUACACACAUCAUACGCUCGUACAUAUGUGUAUUAUAUAGAGGUUAUAUUCCCGUGUAUGUGUGUAUACGGCAUGUGUAUAACGUAUAAAAUUUCUAUACGUCGCAUCGUCGCGAUGACUAUGAUAAAUAUACGACGUACGUAUCGACGAGGAAUCAACCCUUCCCGCGCGUCUAUAUGUUUCCUUUGUUUCGUUUCUUUUUCCCCCCUCCCCCGAUCGCUAUUACCUCCUCACAGAGAACACAAUCGGUGCCAGGACUCCGUUCUUCCAUAGGAUUUCCUCCCCGCAACCCCGCAACGAAAGAUUCAAACUCAUACAACCCCUACGACGCCAUUGCGCGCUGCACGAUUUCCGAGUGCACAUCGCACACAACCGUGAUUCGCUCGCCAUCACCACCUCCGUUAAUUUUUUGACUCAUUACUUCCGUCAUUGAAUACAUACCUAUUACACGUUCGCACGAAUAUACAUCUUGUACGUAUCGUUAAUCUAUACACGAUACGAAUCACACGACUAUUUCCAAGCACAAUGAUGAAAAUCGUUAAUUUUCUUUUCUCUCGAUCUUGUACCUCGAUUCUUAUUUUUCUGAAAAACCAUAUCCGCGGUGAGCUAUGUAUAUCCAUAUAUAAAUACGUAUAUAUAUAAAUCUACAUGAAUACAUCAUAUAGCUAUAGCAAAAUACGGCUGCACGCGUGCACCGAAUAUAAAUUCCAAAAAACCUAUGAUACCCACCUAUAUAAAUAUAUAAAAAUAAUAUGCAUCGCACAACUUCCCCCCCCCCCCCUCCUCGCCCGCCGUCCCCCA